AUGGCAAGCAAUAAUGACGGCUAUCAGAAUCAUAAUAGGGCGAGUACAAUUACUGUCACUGUACUCGCCUUGGUCUUCGUUUUAUUACGCUUCCUAGCGCGAUAUGUGAAUAACAAAGGUUAUGGAAUAGAAGAUAUUCUCCUCACUUUAGCAAUGAUAGGCGACUUGAUAUUGCUUGCAUUGGACUUGGAUGCGGUGAAUCAUGGUUUGGGCUUAUACCUCGUUGAUUUCCCACUAGAAUACUUCCAGCUUUGUAACCAGCUUAUUUUCGCCUACGAACUCAUCUGGAAUCUCACCAUGGCGACAAUCAAAAUGACUAUUCGUGAUAUUAUGGGCUAUUGCCGCUGUGUUCGUAACGCUUUUUCAAUGUGUACCCGUGAACAAGUUUUGGAACCCUUCCGUUCCAGGCCACUGUAUCAACAGAUUGGGUUAUUACCUUGGUGGCUCAAUACCGAAUAUAUUGUCGGAUAUAGCAAUGCUCUGUUUGCCCAUCCGAAGUGUAUGGAAACUUCACUGCUCAAUGACCACUCGAAUUUCAUUAACCUGCGUUUUUAUUCUGGGUGUGUUUUGUUUGCUAGUUUUUACCGAUUGGUACCGAUCGUUGCGUAUAGUUCUGACGAGACAAGCUUUUUGCUGACCUUGAAAUCAUUGGAAUCAGACUCAGCAGCCAUUAAUCUUGCCUGGGCUACCAUUGAAGUCUCUUGUGCAAUUAUCUCGGCUUGUCUUCCGACAUUGAGGCCUCUACUGAGAUUAGUAUGGCGUGGCUUCGACUCUACCAACAGAUCUGUUUCAAAUAAUCCAUACCCAACCCGUAAUAGCCAGCGAGUUCAACAAAGUCAUCCUGCGGGCCAUUUCAGUGAUGAGGAACCUCUACGUGCCAUUUCCGUGGAGACUAGAAUAGACAUCACAGCGCUUCCUAACGCUCCGGAAAGAAGCUGGUUUGUGGAACGUCUCGGAGUUACCUGA